GGAGGUGUUGCAAACUCUGCAUUAUUAAACGCCUCACUUAACUAUUUGGUUCCAUUUCCACCUCUUCUUCUAUAAAACUCUCCCCUUUUUCCCCUCUCCCUCCACCGCUCUUCUCCCUCUCUCUCUCUCUCUCUCUCUCUCUCUCUCUCCGAGCUCGGAGCCAUGUCCAUGGCGGAGGAGGAGAAGGAGAAGUGCUUGGGCGAUGGGUCGUCGUCUUCUCCUCCGAGUACCACCAUAGCCAACCACACCCUCACCAAGGUUUUGGGCUUCGCUUUCCUCGGCGGUUUCUGCGCGUACCUCGUCUUCUCCGCCUCCGGGGGCUCCUUUUUCCCCUCGGAUCCCUCCGACGAUGGGGACGUGGACGGAGGAUGCAAUUUUUUCGCCGGGAGUUGGAUCUCGAACCCUUCGGGGCCGGCUUACACCAAUGCGAGCUGCAAAUAUAUAGACCCUCCUAAUGAUUGCAUGACGAAUGGGCGGCCCGACAGAGAAUACCUUUAUUGGAGAUGGAAACCACAGAGUUGCGACUUGCCUCGAGCUAAUGCGGAGAAGUUCUUGAACGCCAUGCGAAAUAAAGCUUGGGGGCUGGUCGGUGAUUCAAUCUUUAGGAACCAGCUCAACUCGUGGCUUUGUCUUCUCUCGCAGGUGGAAGAAGCCACCGACAUCUACCACGACGAAGACUAUCAAUCGAGAACAUGGUACUUCCCUUCGUACAACUUCACUCUCGCCCUCCUUUGGGCUCCUUUCCUUCUCAAGGCCGAAGUAAGCCGCGAUGCCAGUCGAAAUUAUGAUAUCAAGCUCCAUCUCGACGCCCUCGAAAGCACGUGGACAAACCAAUACAGCAACUUCGAUUACAUUAUAAUUUCCGGCGGGCAGUGGUUUCUGAAAACAACAAUGUAUUUGGAGAACAAUACCAUCGUCGGAUGCCAUAACUGCCCCGAAAAGGACGUAAAGGAUCUCGGGUUCGACUACGCUUACAGAAAAGCCCUUCAAUUGUCGUUCAAUUUCAUCAUAGAGUCAGAUCACAAGCCUCUCGUCCUGUUCCGGACGUGGCUCGCGGAUCACUUCGAGUAUGGAGAAUGGUACAGCGGAGGGGUUUGUAAUCGGACUGAGCCGUACAAAGCAGGCGAGUUUAACGGGGAUGCAACGGACAACAUGAUGUGGCGGCUCGAGGUAGAGGAGUUCAAGAAAGCAGCGGCGAUCGGAUCGAAGAACAGAACCCGACUCAAGCUGUUCGAUACGUAUCACCUUUCGUUAUUACGGCCCGACGGGCAUCCGGGGCCUUACAGGAAGUUACAUCCCGAUCUUAGUAAGAAGCCGCAGAAUGACUGUCUGCAUUGGUGUCUGCCAGGGCCAGUGGACACUUGGAAUGAUCUAGCCACGGUGAUCGCGCUAAACGAAGAGGAUUCGAGGUCUUCGUCGAUGAAGUAGAUGUAGUAUAUGUGUUCUUAGUAUGAUUGAAAAAAAUUGUACUCAUGAUGCUUGAUGAUAUGGUGCAUUUCAUGUAUUGUCUCAUGUGCUUUUCGAUAUUAGUAUCCCACUAGAUCGUUGUGGGUGAUGCUCAAUCUAAGCGUAAGAGCUGAGAUUAAUAUAAGAUGUAUUGUGUUUGAUGUCUAAAUUUGUCAAUAUAUCAAUCCUCAAGUUCAGUUA